AUGGCAAACGCUUCCAAGCACCCUUGCCAAGAAAACUCCAGCCGGGAACUCCAGGAGGAUGUGGAAGAAAUGCAAGCUGUAAGAAAAGAAUUUACCCAAACAUCAGAAAGUACUGUUGAGGUUAAUGCUGAGAUGGAUGGUGAAAAGAAAAAUGGCUUGUUGAAGAAAUUCCAGGACAUAAUGUUGAAGCAGAGGCCAGAAAGGGUAUCUCAUCUGCUUCAGGAAAACUUGCCAAAGUCUGUUUCGACUUUUCAAUAUGAUCAGUUUUUUGAGAAGAAGAUUGAUGAGAAGAAAAAAGAUCAUACAUAUCGUGUGUUUAAAACUGUGAAUCGAAGAGCCCAGAUUUUUCCUCUGGCAGAUGAUUAUUCAGAAUCCUUAAUCAACAAGAAAGAAGUGUCUGUCUGGUGCAGCAAUGAUUAUCUUGGGAUGAGUCGCCACCCUAGAGUUUGUGGAGCUGUUAUGGAAACACUGAAACAACAUGGAGCAGGAGCAGGAGGCACGAGGAACAUUUCGGGAACCAGUAAAUUUCAUGUUGAUCUUGAAAAAGAAUUGGCUGAUCUUCAUGGAAAAGAUGCUGCUCUUUUGUUUUCUUCUUGCUUUGUAGCAAAUGAUUCAACACUCUUCACAUUAGCUAAAAUGCUACCAGAUUGUGAAAUUUACUCUGAUUCAGGAAACCAUGCUUCUAUGAUUCAGGGGAUUCGGAAUAGUAGAGCGCCAAAGCAUAUAUUUCGACAUAAUGAUGUUGGUCACCUCAGAGAACUCCUGAAAAAAUCUAAUCCGUCUGUUCCAAAAAUUGUUGCAUUUGAAACUGUUCAUUCAAUGGAUGGUGCAGUUUGUCCAUUGGAAGAGCUUUGUGAUGUGGCUCAUGAGCAUGGAGCAAUUACAUUUGUCGAUGAAGUACAUGCUGUUGGACUCUAUGGAACACGGGGUGGUGGCAUUGGAGACAGAGAUGGAGUAAUGCAUAAAAUGGAUAUUAUUUCUGGAACACUUGGUAAAGCCUUUGGUUGUGUAGGAGGCUAUAUUGCCAGUACGAGUUCUCUAAUAGAUACUGUCCGUUCCUAUGCUGCUGGUUUCAUUUUUACCACUUCCUUACCACCCAUGCUUUUAGCUGGUGCAUUAGAGUCUGUGAGAACACUCAAAAGUACAGAGGGGCAAGUCCUUCGUCGACAACACCAACGUAAUGUUAAACUCAUGAGACAAAUGCUGAUGGAUGCUGGGCUUCCUGUAGUGCAUUGUCCCAGUCAUAUAAUUCCUAUCAGGGUUGCAGAUGCUGCUAAAAAUACUGAGAUCUGUGAUAAAAUGAUGAACAAACAUAGCAUCUAUGUCCAGGCAAUAAAUUAUCCCACUGUGCCACGUGGAGAAGAGUUAUUGCGUAUUGCCCCCACACCACAUCAUACUCCACAAAUGAUGAAUUAUUUUAUUGACAACCUGCUAAGUACCUGGAAGGAAGUGCGUCUAGAAUUAAAACCCCACUCCACUGCGGAGUGUAACUUCUGUAGUCAACCCUUGCACUUUGAAGUUAUGAGCGAAAGAGAAAGAUCCUACUUCAGUGGAAUGAGUAAACUUGUAUCAGCUACUGCUUGAAACAAAUUGCAGCUUCAUCUAUGUUUAAAAGUCAGAUAUUCAAGAUAUAUGUUAUAGCUUAUUAUGUGCAUCUUUAUGGUCUGAACAAAUUUCUGGAAAAUAAACUUUGAGAUGAUG